AUGGAGCGAGAAUCAGAAGUAUCAUCAGACGGUAAAAGUUCUGACAGUGAGAUUAAUGAAUCUGAUAACCAAAAACCAACAACCUUUCGACAAGCCUUGGAAAAUCAUCAAACUAAUCAUAUAAUAAUACAAAAUAAUCCGGUUAUUAGCAGUGAUGAUGAAACAUAUGUUGAUGAAGAUUAUGAAGAAGAUCCACCUGAGUCAUUAAGAUGUCCGGAUUCACCGCCAGGAAGUUUGCAUCUAACUGAUCUUUUAUUAGCUGAAAUUUGUGAUAACAGCAACAAGAAUAGUUCUAUAAUUCAAGAUAAAUAUUUACCAUUUAGUUAUUUCAAUUCUUCCAAACAACAAGUUAAUACAGAUAAACUCUUUGUCAAUCUCGGAGACAUUUGUGAAGAAUAUCCCUGUGAUUCAUAUGAGGAAAUUCAUGAAAAACAAUCUAGAAUGAAACAUCCAAAGAUUGAUCCAUUCAAUGAUAAAUUCACAAAUAAGCAAAAAAUUGUUAAGAAUCCGCCAAGCCCCACUACAUUAGAAAUUGAAAAAAUAAAACAUAGAAUCUGUACAUCUAAAAAACCUAAAACUUUGUCUGAACUUUUUGUUUACCUUGGUGUAACGAAAUCAAAUUUUAAGUACAAAAUGAACGAAGAAACACGCAGAUCAUCAUUGUUUGAGGCAAAAGAACUUGCAACUCAUAUGAUGGAAGCGUUGCUUUUUUCUGGCUUUAACGGAUGUAAACAUUACAAGAGAAACGUUUAUAUACACUCUCCAUGCUGUAAUAAAAAGUAUCAAUGUAGACAUUGUCAUAAUGAAAACGAAACACAUCAAAUAGAUCGUUAUGCUAUUAAGGAAGUAUAUUGUGGUGAAUGCAAUAGUAGACAAAAAAUUAGCAAUAAAUGUAAAAGUUGUGGUAUUAAAUUUGCCAAUUAUUUUUGUGACAUUUGUAAUCUAUUUGAUAAUGAUUUAGAUAAAAAAAUUUUUCAUUGUAACAAAUGUGGCAUAUGCAGGGUGGGGGAUCAAGAAUUGUAUUUUCAUUGUGACAACUGCAAUAUGUGUGUCCUGAAAACAGAAGAUCAUCGAUGCAGAAAAAAUAUGUACAAGGAUCAAUGUGUUAUUUGUUUAGAAGAAUUAUUCUCUAGUACAAAAAUGCCUGAUAAAUGCGACUAA